AUGGACCCCUAUUCAAAAAUCUUUAAACGUUCUACGGGGGAGCUGUUGCGAUCAGCAAGACGUGGUAUUUUGGAGGAGACGCUUGUCAAGAAAUUGGACACUUGUGUUUCCUCUCUCUGGACUGCAAAAUGUACAGAUGCAGCGGAUAUCCCCUAUGACGGCGCCUUGUGCUCGAGAGGGGCAAACACCAUGUUUGGCUGCAACGUCCCCCUUGAAAAUUGCGGAAUUGACAAUGACACUCCCAAAUAUCAAGAGGACAUUAGUGCCACUUUUGUAAAUGCAAAUGUAAUCGAAGAGGAGUUUUUCAGUAGUAGCUUGUCUGAAGUUGAAGCUUUGCUGGCUAGUCGCAGUAUUGCUUUGGAAAGUAAUGCCAAAAAAAGCCGUUCACCAGGCAGCAUUUCCCCCAAAGUACUUAACUUUGUGGCUUCAAAAACCACUAGCUGCCCCCUGAUUACCGAAAACACAUUCCCGCUGUUGUUAUCAAAUGAAAUCCACUUUGAAAAAACGGGAGUGUUGGAUAUUAUUUCUACACCGUUGGAGCAACCUCCACAAAACUUUCAAGGAAUAGACACGGCAUGUAAUUUCUCUCUUUGUGGCAAUUCCACAUACUGUAGGGACCCAAAGCAAGAUCCAUCCAUUGAAACAGUUUUUAAACCUGGGGAAGCUUGGUUUUCUUUGUAUGAUGGACCUGCCGAUUGCGAACCGGUGAACAUUACAUCAUUCUCCAAAUGCAGUAGCGAACCGUCCAACGAAGAAAUGAGUUUUCAAAUGAACGGGGAUGGUGGUUUUGAUAUUGAGGAUUCAUUUGACGAAGACAAUUACUUUCCUGGUGUCGAAAACAACCUCAAUUAUUUUUAUAAAGGCUCACCAAGAUUUGAGGAUCUAUCAGCAGAAGUGGACCUUUGGUUUCAAGUUUUCGCAGGAACGGAGAGUUUUGCAUCUUCAAAAGUAACUAGUAUGCAACAAAAAGAGAUAAAGGGUGACAAAUGUGAACAGGAAAACGUUACGACAUUAAUUUGUCCAACAAGAUUUGAAGAAAUACUGAAAGACCAAAAUAGAUCAUCAAAAAUAUCAAAGACAAAUUUAUCUUUGGAUGAUAAAGCUCGGUCUAGGUUGUCAAACCGUUGCAUCCUCUAUUCGCAAGAGAAGAAGAGCCACAAAAAACAGGUGCCUGUUUUCAAGUUAACAAAAGAAUCCAUUGAAAGAAUUACGCACUACUGGGAGCAGAUCAUCACAAGGUCUACUAUGAAAGCUAAAGACUUUUUUCAAAAUGACUGUGAUGUAGAAGCAGGCGCAAUUGCCAAUGAUCAAAGAUUGAAGGGUAACCUCAUCUCUUUCUUGUUGCCAAACUAUGCCACUGCCAAAGAUUUUGAAAAGUUUUCAAACAACGAGCAAGGCUGGAUUUAUAAAGACACUGGGAAACACAAAACCCAAACGUUCCCACUGAGAUGGUGCAAGCAAAAGUAUAACUUUUAUGACCCUGUAGUUUGCCGGGUGAAAAUCAUCGAGGGAAAAGAGUGUUUCAAAGAGGCCCUAUGUCCCUACUGUCCAUUGCAGAAGGGAAUGAACCUCGACAAUGUCUUCUAUAAAGUCAACAGCUCUCUUUACCUGCAUCACGUAUGUAAUAACCACGGGGUAUACACUACAGGCCAUGAGAUGCCACACCCCAUCAUUUGCAACGAUGGAGACGGUCUCUAUUUCACUUGUGCACAGUGCAGCCAUUCCGAACGAUUUGUGUUACAGGACGGUGAUCCCGUGAAUAAUAUCUUGCUAAACUACUACAAACAUAUGAUGAGCUCCCACAAGAGAACCAAGCAAAACCGGUCGGAAGCACAGAAAGUUAAAGAUGAGGAAUUCUUCAACGAGCAGGGAAAAAUUCACCUCUACGAAAACACUAUCUUCACCCAUCCUCCAACAUUAUAG